AAACUUCUGUCACUCGUAUUGAACUUUAUUUUUACCACUUCAAUUUUCGUACAAUUCCUUCCUCAGCUGCGAGGAUAACUACUCGCAUCGCGUAAAUUGAAUUCCCCUGUACGUGCAGGGGACAAACUCAGCUGCAGUUGUAUUCGGUCGCUCCGGCACCAUGGUUGUGACGAAAGAUACGUUCCUGCCGACGGAGGAAGAACUUACGGUACCGGAGAUCAACCUAUCCGGACCAGCGCUCCGUGCCGGCGCCUUCCAUCUGGGCAAGUACUGUGAGGCGCAAAACAAUGAGUUCAUGUUAUGCCGCCAGGAGCUGGACGAUCCGCGGGCGUGCGUGAACGAGGGCAAAGCGGUCACGAACUGUGCGUUCGAGUUCUUCCGGAAGCUAAAGAAGACCUGUGCCCAGGAGUUUACGCAGUAUGCCAACUGUCUCGACAAAAGCAGUGGCGAUUUGAAUUUCAAGCACUGCCGCAAAACGCAGGGCGUGUACGACAAGUGCGUCCUGGACAACAUGGAUCUGGAGCGUCCCGAUUAUGGAUAUUUCUGCCGCGCCAAGGUUCACGCCACGGAACGUCCGCCGCCACCGAAGAAAGAAAAGGCAGUGUACCCGGACGCAACGCCGGGACUGCCGGAGGAUUAUCCACGGCCCGAGGCCAAAUACGGUUCCCGAUUCCACUGGCUCAACUAGAGGUGGGGUUGGAGCGCUUGGAAGAUGGGGUUCUACACGGUACGGUUUAGCUGAAAUGGUUCUAGGCAAAGCGGUGACGAGAGCUCGCUGAACGUUGUUUGAGUGUAGAUAAGGAACGAGAGAGAGAGAGAGGCUCUAGCCCGUACGCAUGAGGGUGUAGGAAACCGCACACUCAACACCUUAAUCGACCAUCGGAUGAAUCGUUUCUUUAGCUACAGUAAAAAUCAUUGCUUAAAACAACGAA